UGAGCACUUGCUUGUGAACGCGCCUCCUAUGAGGGACGCCGCCGCGCGUGACCGGACCCGCCGCAGUCCUUACGACCUCCAGAGACCCACGGGGCUGCCCACCAAGGAGAUGAGGCCGCCGCCCCCCUCGCGGCCGCCGCCGCGCUGCCCGACCGAGUGCCGCGGCCGCUUCAACGAGCUCGACCGCCUGACGCCGCCCAGACUUGGUCGCAGUUCCCUCUCGGUCCUGCCGGCGACGCCUCGAAAGUUAUUUGAAGAGGAAGCGCCUCCCGUCGUCGUGUCGAACACGCUGCCGCGAGAUACGAUGCUGCUCUGUCUGUCCUUCCUAGAUGUCACGGCACACACCACUUUGUCUACCGUAAGCAGGGACUGGCUAUCCCUCUCAUCGGAAGAUGCUUUGUGGCGAGACCACUACCUGAACAGGUUCUCCGGAGGUUCGGACGAAGGCGACGGCGAAACCAGUGCAGACGAGUACGAGGACUACAAGCAGGAGUAUAAACAGAGGCUGGAGGACCCGCACGUCGGCGACGACGUCGAGGUGGCCUGGAGGGGUAAAUUCAGGCUGGAGAGCUUGGAGAUUUACCGAGGCACGGCCUGGUGGGUCGCCGUCGUCGUCGACAAGGUCGCGUUGGAUGCUGCUUCCGGCAGUCCUGGUAGAGGCCGAAAAAUACAUGCGGCGAAGGCCUGGUACAAGGUCACGUUCCCGGGGUGGGAGGGGCGCUGGGACGAGUGGGUCUCGCGCGACCGGUUGCGGUGGCGGGCCAAGAAUACGCAAGAGGCGGAUGCGUUGAAGCCUAGGGACUUCGUCGAGGUCUGGUGCGGGUCGCAGAACGUGCCGGGCGCCUGGCUGGAAGCUUCCGUGCAGAAAAUUCGCGGCGACGCCGUCGAGGUGGGCCGCGUCCUGUCGACGGGGUCGUUGUGGGUGGACCGCAGUCGCGUCCGGCGGGCCCGUUCUUCCUCAUCUCGAAAGGUGAAGCCCGUCGGUCUGCUCGCGCGGGGCUGGCGGGUCGUGACCUACCCCUUCCGCGCUUUUCGGAGGCGCGUGGGGGCGUAAUGAACAUACUGCUUGC